CAGCGCGGUGCGGGCGGCGGCUCCAGGCUCCGGAAGCGGCCGUGGUGCCCGCGGAGCCGUUUCCUGCCCGGGACGCGGCGGAGCCGGAGCCGAGCGGAACGGAACGGAGCGGAGCGGGGCCGAGCCGAGCCGAGCCAUGACUCACCAGACCGGCAUCCACGCCACCACGGAAUUAAGGGACUUUUUUGCCAAAGCCCGAAACGGUUCAGUGCGGCUCAUCAAGGUCAUCAUUGAGGACGAACAGCUUGUGCUGGGGGCCCACAGAGAGCUGUCCCGGCGCUGGGAUGCUGACUACGACGCCUUCGUGCUGCCCUUGCUGGACGAGCAGCAGCCGUGCUACGUGCUGUACCGCCUGGACAGCCAGAAUGCCCAGGGCUACGAGUGGCUUUUCAUCUCCUGGUCCCCCGACAGCUCCCCGGUCCGGCUGAAGAUGCUGUACGCUGCCACCAGAGCGACGGUGAAGAAGGAGUUUGGCGGGGGGCACAUAAAGGAUGAGAUGUUUGGAACGGUGAAGGAGGACGUGUCCCUGAGCGGUUACCAGAAGCAUGUGUCGUCCUGCUCUGCCCCAGCCCCGCUGACCGCAGCCGAGCAGGAGCUCCAGCAGAUCCGCAUCAAUGAGGAUUCCUGUUCCCAGGACUCCAGCACCGAGAUGGUAGGCUGCUCUGCCCGCUUGAUGCCCUUUUUGUCCUUCUCCUGGAGGUGUUCUUCUGCAUGUUCUGCUCCGGGCACCUGGUCCGUCAUCUCCCUGGGGUGUGGGUACCCAAAGGGCUGCUGUAACGAAGGGCAGCCUUGUGUCAAAAUCCGCUUUGGCACUGCCCAGCUGGUUCUGAGUUGUGAGCUGAAAUUUCUGUGUUUCUCUUGGCAUGCCUUGAUUUUUCUUCCUUUAUCAGGGGGAGGGAAAAGAAGAAAAAGUGUAAUAGAAGAGGCUGGACUGUCUUUAUCCAAAAUCCCCCAAAGUGAUCCCAAUGGAAAGGGACCCGUGCUCACUGCAGAGCACCUGGAUGGUGGGGGGCUGCUGCUGCUGCCCAUCGCUGGUAGAGUACCCCGGCCCCGAGGAGGUAAUGCCGCGCCUGCCGCGUCCUGCCCCCCUUCCCCACUGCCGGCCCACGGCACACUGCAGUCCCGGGCAGGGACCCCGCUGGAGCUGGGUGGAGGCACCCGGAGCGAUGCGAUGUCUCCACAGUCUCAUUCCCUUCCCUCUUUGAAGUGGGGUUUGGCCUCCUGGACUAGGGUGUUUGCUUGGGGUAGGAGCAGCAGCCUCUGCCUGGCAGGGGUUGCGGGGAGGACGGUGGCUGGGAUCUUUCCAAGGUGUGGAUCUACAAUCCCCAGCUCCAGCAUAGGAGGCAAUGACUGUCUGCUGCAGUUAAACCUGCCGGGGAGGGGCUUGCCCUCCUCACUGCCAGGGACCCAUGCAGCCGAGCACUGUGAUUUCAGGGCUUUCCCUAUCAUCUGCAGGUUGUGGUCAGAGGUGGACACAUACCAGUGUUGGACACAGCAUCCCUACCAGGGGCUCACUGGGAAAUGUUGGUUUUGAGCUGGUUUUUGCUGCAGUGAAGUGAUGGGGUGCGGGGUGCAUGGCUGGGGAUGGGUGAUCUCCCAGAGCAGCGGUGCGGUGACAAACAUCAGCACCCUGAGCUUGGCUGACUUCUGGUUGUUUAAUGCCCUCGCGCUGGGUGUCAGGCAGCUCCUCGGAUGAGAAGCCUUUUGCUGCAGGACUGGCCGGUUUUCCUCUCUGUCCCUUGUGCACCCCUUGCUGCUCUCUCCCUGACGCUCGGGUGGUCUCCAU